AUGGAUUUUCGGAAUAAUUUGGUGAUGUUAGCUGGAAGCGUAGUGUUCAACAUGGUGAUGUGUCUGGUACGAUUUCCAGGAGGACUUGCAACCCUUGGGAACAGAGAUGGCGAUUGGGUGUUCUUCUAUGCGGACUUGAUAGCUCUUUGUAUCUCCAUGAAUGUGCUUGUUGUUGGAAUGAGUGUGGGACCCACACUCUGGAAAAAGAUCGAGGAGCUAGCAAGGAAUGCCAUGCUUAUUGCACUGUCUGCUAUGGCAAUAGCUGUUCAUCAGAUUAUUCUUAGGGUUUUAGGGGGCGACUACUGGUCGAGGCUUUUUGUUAAUGGGUCCUUCAUUGCGUUCACAGUUCUCACUUGUGGUUUCAACAUCUUUGUGAGGUGUGGCUAUUGGACUAAGUAG